AUGCUGCUGGAUACCACGCCCCUCGUCCAAAAUUUGACCCCCGUCGAGGCUCAAGACCUGCUCAACUACGCCUCAGGGCGUCUUCGUUCCCUUGCCAUUGCCAUCACAAAUGACUAUGGCCUCAUCUCCCGCUCCCCGACUCUGAAGGAGAGGUGCUGGAGUCAGUUCAAACAGGACCUGAAUACCACCCUGAUCCUGUAUGGAUCAAUGUCCCUGCUGCAUCCUGGCAAGAUAUGGGCCCCCGUUUUUCUAGACCAUGUCCACCGCCUCCUUAUCAAUGGUGGUAUCAACGACUUCAACGCCAUCGCUGAGGGUGCACUCAACCGUCCUAUGCACGGUUUUGAUGUGUUUCCUCCCGACGCCUCUAACUGGUGGACGCUACCUCCAGGAAGUGUCGAGUCCGACUGUACACCGCUCAACCUUUCCGCCUACGACAUUGUAGAAGCCUGGAAGAAGCAGGAAAAGCGCACCACCUGGUACAAUUCGAUUCCCCCCAUGCUUCCUAGUGGCUUCCAAGAGUGGCGCUUGAAGCCGCUUCACGAUACUUUCAAAACGGCGCUGGACGUCUUCGAGAUUACCUGUGCCAAGUUUGAUGGUCUUCUCGAGAUGAGUCUUGACGGGAAGCCAGUGGUCGAAUCCCCCGACCUGGUCUACUGGAUCCAGUUCUCCAGCCCCAAGUGCAUCUUCGUGGUUGUGGGGCCAGGCCGACAAACCCACUUCUACGGAGGCUGA